UUGCUGCGCACGCGCGUGUCUGGGGCAGGCCCGCCAUGUUGCCGAGGGAGGGCCGUGGCCGGGUUCUGGUUCCGGUUCCGGUUCCGGGUGGGUCGCCAUGGCGGUGCUGGCAGCCAACCCCAACAACCCCGUGGUCUUCUUCGAUGUCAGCAUCGGCGGCCAGGAGAUCGGCCGUAUGAAGGUAGAGCUGUUCGCUGACGUUGUGCCCAAAACGGCGGAGAAUUUCAGGCAAUUUUGUACAGGUGAAUUCAGGAAAGAUGGUGUUCCAAUAGGUUACAAAGGGAGCACUUUCCACAGAGUCAUUAAGGAUUUCAUGAUACAGGGAGGUGACUUUGUAAACGGAGAUGGUACUGGAGUAGCUAGUAUAUACCGGGGCCCCUUUGCAGAUGAAAACUUCAAACUCAGACAUUCUGCUCCUGGGCUGUUGUCUAUGGCAAACAGUGGUCCAAGUACAAACGGGUGUCAGUUCUUCAUCACGUGCUCCAAAUGUGACUGGCUGGAUGGGAAGCAUGUUGUGUUUGGUAAAAUCGUUGAUGGGCUCCUUGUCAUGAGAAAAAUUGAAAAUGUACCUACUGGUCCAAAUAACAAACCCAAACUGCCAGUGGUCAUCUCGCAGUGUGGUGAAAUGUAGAGCAAUAAAUGCAGAAAUCUCGGUAGACUUUUGCAAAGAGAGAAGAGUUUCAUAUUCUGUAGGAGAUGCAAGUAAACCAAAAAGCCCAAGAAAGUAACUGCUGGAAGAAUAGAGGAUUCUGUAUUUCCGAAUUCAGAUGGGUCCCUUGUUACCCAUUACUGUGGCUGUCCCAGUCUUUUCCUGCAGGCCAUAUCUGUGCUGCUGGCACUUCUACAGAAGUUUCUGAUAUUCAGGAUGUACAACUUUAAAAAAAAAAGUUCCAGUGUAAAUAAAGCAUUUUGUUAAAUGUU